CUCGAACGGCGCGUCCAGACCUCCCAGUUUCGAGACAAAGACGCCGUCGUCCGAGAAUUAAGCAAGCCACCUCUCGCUCCCGUGACCUGAGCUCCUUCCGACAAUGUCCCAGCAGCAGCGCAGGCCCCAGAACCGGGGCCAGCCUGGCUACCCCUCCUCGUCCCUCUCGCACUCCCCCCAUUCCCAGUCCCAGCCACCGCCCCAAUACCAGCACCAUCACCAGCAGCCGCCGCAGCAUCCUCCCUACCACCAGCUACCGCCGGGCCACGUCAGGAACCGGUCGCAGCAGCUCCGCGCCGAGGCCGCCGAGGAGCAGCUCCAGUUCUCGGGCGCGUCCGACUACGAGUCCGACACGGCGCACUACAUGGCGUCGCACCCGGCGCCGUCGGCCGACGCGCUGGCCUCGCGCACCAACACGGAGCUCAACCUCAAGGUGCUGCGGCGCUACCGGCCGGCCAUCAGCACGAUCCUGUCCAUCGCCGCGAACGCCGUCGUGUACACGUUCACGCCGCCGGGCAAGUGGGACAAGUCCAACAUGGAGGGCACGCUGUUCAUCUGCGCGCAGAAGCGCGGCGGCGACGGCGACCGCGGCGACCGCGGCUCCUUCUCCGACGGCUGCCUCUUCAUCCUCAACCGCAAGAGCCUGCAGAACCUGGUCAUCGACCUCGCCAGCGUCACCGAGUUCGAGCCGGCCGACAACCUGCUCAUCUUCAACCUCGACGACGCCGCCGUCCCCGACGUGCCCAUGGAGAACGGCGACCCCGUCCGCCCCAACGUGCUCGGCAUGUGGAUCUACGCCGAGGACGAGCAGGACCAGCGCACUAACGCUGCCGUGAUCCGCGAGAUGUGGGCCAAGGCCCGCGCCGCCUCGGCCGACGCCGCCGCCGCCGCCGCCGCCGCCGCCGAGCGCUCUGCUAGCGCCGACUCCUCCGACGCCACGGGCAGCAGCGCGUCCGCCGCCAGCCGCGACGGCGGCUCCCCCAUCACGCAGAUGGCCGGCCGCCAGGUCAGCCUGGGCGAGCUGUUCGGCCGCGGCCAGACUGGUAGCGCCGGCCGAGGCGCUUGAGACUGCGAGGGCAGCUGCCUCGCGCCUCGACCCCCCUGCCGCGGCAAGGAGAGAGAGGGACUCCGAUCGAGGCUUUGUUUUUGCACUUCCACUGGCUCUGCGCGAGAAAUCUACCGGGUGCGGGAGAAGGACACAUCCGGCGUUUGUUCACGAGAUACCCCCCCGGAUGAUGAAGAAGGAGGAGGAGAGGGAGAAACAAGAAAGAAAGGAAAAUUGGAAUCGGAAUUGGCAUCAACAUUGGAGUCCUGCCCGCGUUUCCGG